GAGCGAACUACAGCGCUUGGCGAGCUCGUCCGCACGGGCCCGGUUUUCUGUCUGCGGGGAGAAGCCACAGAUUAGCUCUGCCUCCGUCGCCCGUUUCUCUCUCUCCUCUCCCUACUUUAAAACGCAGUGAACUGUGCCAGAAUGUGCCAAAUCUCAUUGAGAAGUUCGGUCUCUCUCACCUUGCUCUAGAUUCAGAGGGUAGUGGCCCUUUAGUGUUUACAGAAGUGUUUUAAUGAAUCCGACUCGCUUAUUGUGACAGAGGCCUCCUUGCGCGCGAGGCGGGAGCCGCUUUGGUCCUCUUCCCCUCUUCCUCCCAACUCUCAGCAAUUCACCGUCAGAAUGGUCGGGUUUAGAGAUGGAAGUUCUCUCCAGAGAACCUGAGGUUGAUGAGGUCUGGCGCAGGGCAGAGCUGUGGGAUCCGGCGUGAAAGAAGUCACGAGCCCGAAAGGCUAAGACUGGCUUUUGCUAGGGGGCUUCUGGCGCAGGGCAGAGCUGUGGGAUCCGGCGUGAAAGAAGUCACGAGCCCGAAAGGCUAAGACUGGCUUUUGCUAGGGGGCUUCUGGCGCAGGGCAGAGCUGUGGGAUCCGGCGUGAAAGAAGUCACGAGCCCGAAAGGCUAAGACUGGCUUUUGCUAGGGGGCUUCUGGCGCAGGGCAGAGCUGUGGGAUCCGGCGUGAAAGAAGUCACGAGCCCGAAAGGCUAAGACUGGCUUUUGCUAGGGGGCUUCUGGCGCAGGGCAGAGCUGUGGGAUCCGGCGUGAAAGAAGUCACGAGCCCGAAAGGCUAAGACUGGCUUUUGCUAGGGGGCUUCUGGCGCAGGGCAGAGCUGUGGGAUCCGGCGUGAAAGAAGUCACGAGCCCGAAAGGCUAAGACUGGCUUUUGCUAGGGGGCUUCUGGCGCAGGGCAGAGCUGUGGGAUCCGGCGUGAAAGAAGUCACGAGCCCGAAAGGCUAAGACUGGCUUUUGCUAGGGGGCUUCUGGCGCAGGGCAGAGCUGUGGGAUCCGGCGUGAAAGAAGUCACGAGCCCGAAAGGCUAAGACUGGCUUUUGCUAGGGGGCUGGCUGCCGACGGACAGAGUCCUGACAGCGAAGUAAAGCUCUAGCCGAGAAAUCCUGGCAGAGAGAUAAAGAGGGGUUAACGCUGAGAAAAGGGUGUCUUCUGGGGGCAGGGGUUCUCGAAGGCAGCUACGCCCGAGGAGAGAUGUGCUGGAGUUUGCAAGUAUGAGGGCAAAGGAGGAAUGUGUACCAUCUGCCUCAGUGAACCCCUUUUAAAACUGAGACCUAGAAAAGAUCUUAUAGAGACACUAUUACAUGAAAUGAUACAUGCAUAUUUAUUUGUCACUAAUAAUGAUAAAGAUCGGGAAGGUCAUGGUCCAGAGUUUUGUAAACAUAUGCAUCGCAUCAAUCGCCUGACUGGAGCCAAUAUAACAGUAUACCACAGCUUCCAUGAUGAAGUGGACAUAUAUCGUCAACAUUGGUGGCGUUGCAAUGGGCCCUGCCAAAACAGAAAACCCUACUAUGGUUAUGUGAAACGGUCAAUGAACAGAGCACCCUCACCUAAAGACUUCUGGUGGGCUGAGCAUCAGAGAACUUGUGGAGGCACGUACAUAAAGGUCAAAGAACCAGAUGGCUAUUCAAAAACAGGCAAGACGAAGACAGAUCUAGAAAAACGGCCAAACUUGGGGACGAAAAGCAAAAAUAAAGGUAAACCAAAGGAAGGGGGGAGCCAACUAUUGAGUCCUUUCAGUGGAAAAGGUUAUCUCCUGGGAGGAACAAGCAAUGUAUCAUCACUUGGGAAACUCAUCAACCCACCUGCCAUUAAUAAAACUCAAGAACUGCUUAAUCAAAACUGUCCAUUGGUUGCCACAAGACCUAAUCAUAAAAAUGAGUUGAAAUCAAAUUCAUCUCGAGGAAUUAUCAGCUCUGAAGAUAAACCCCCCACUAAGAGACCCAAAAUUGAAAACAAAACUGCUUUUGCAAAUUUUUUUAUCAAGAAAGAGCAAACAAAUAGCAUGUGUACAAGUAGAAAUGAUUCAAAAUGCAGUUCAUUCCCUGACACCUCGUCUCAGAAUUCCAGUGACCUUGCACAGCAAAAAGCAGUGAGCUGCCCUGUUUGCCAAACUCAAGUUUUGGAGACACAAAUUAAUAAACACUUGGAUUCCUGCCUUAUGUAAAAAGCCAAAGAGUUGGAAAUGUCUUUGGGAAACUAAUUUGUCUUAAGAUAGCAAAAGAUCAGUUCAUAAGUGUAUCAUGCUAAUUAAUCAGGAAGUUAAAAGUGUUGUGAAUAAUAAAGAAGUAUAUUAUAUAUAUGUAAAGAUUAUAAAAUUGAGAUGGCUCUUUCUCUGAGCUCCAAAGAAGAUUCUGUAUUUUUUCUAUCAGAAUUUUGAAAAAUUCUAACUGUAUGUAGAUGUCCCAGAAGUCUUCAUGUAACUUUGAACAGCAUAUACAGUGGUGACAUAGUUCACAAUUUGUUGAUUGAAUUUUAUUAUUUAGUUUGCGGUUAUUAACACAUGAAUAAAAAGGAUUUUAAAAUAUGUUUAAAAUAACUUGUUUUUCAGACGUAAAUCUAUUAUCUGUUUUUAUCAAAUGAUACCAUUUUAAAAUUGAAAUAGAUACAUACAUAGACACACACACAAAUGUUGAAAUCCUUUCAAUGGAAAAGUUUAUCUCCUGGAAAGAACAAGCAGUGCAUCCUCACUUGAGAAACUCAUCAAUCCACAUAUCAUUAAUAAAACUCAAGAACUCUAGAACUGUUUACUCAAAACUCUUAACUGAUUGCCAUAAGAUUUCAUCAUAAAACUGAGUUAAAAAUAAAAUUCGUCCCAUAUAGCUCUGAAAAUAAAUUACCAAAUAAGAGACCUAAAGCCAAGCUAUAAUAUUGAGAUGCUGUCUAAAAAGUUGAGAAUGGUUUUUAGAGUUGCAAAUAUGAGGGGGGGGGGGGGGGGAGUGAAGUUUAAAGCACCUUUUUGAACAUAUCUAACUAUAAUUAACCUUCACAUAUUAAAAAAAAAUUGUAUCUUGAAAGGUUUUUUUAAACAUUGUAAUUCUUCAUUAGUAUUUUGUGACGACAGAGCAAAAUGACUAGAUUUCAGGCUUAAUUGAGGUCCAGGUCCAGAGAUAGCAAACUGACUUAAUUGCAGUUGCCUGCAUAUUGCUGAUUGAUGUUAAAAAAACUGUGUGGUAAUUACUAAAUUUAGUUAAGCUAAGGAUUUUAGCUUUCAUAUGCAUAAGGAAAGGGCUGCUUUGUUGAUACCCUCAGUAGAAAAUAAAAGACAAUAUAUUAUAAUCUUUAAAAUAGAAUUUUUUUGAGGUACAUUGUAUAGUUCUGUCGGUUUGUUUUAAGAAAAAUUUUCUAGGUUCUAAUGAUGAGACUAAUAAUUUUCUAAUAAAGUUUACUUGAGAACAGACUGGGUAUAAGCUACUUGAAAAACUAGUAUUUUUUUCUGUGGGGAAGUGGGGAAAUGUUCUAAUAUAAAUAUUGGAAUCCACAUCAAAUUAAAAAGCUUUUGUACAAACAACUAAUGCAGACAAGAUUA